AUGCGGCGGGCCUUUGGAUACUCGGUUCGGGGAUCUGCUGGAGGCGGAGGAGGACAGCACGAUGGUUCCUAGGGCUAUGGCGGUUUUGUCUCAGCAACUUGGUGGGAGUGGGCCUGCGAAGCUUGCGAUGAGGGCCCUUCUGGCAACUCCGGUUCCCUGGCAAAGGUGGCUGGAUUUCCCGACGGUUCUCCCCUGCUCGGCUGGCUCGCCCUCCUUGCGGAACAUUUUGGAAAACGGGCAGGUCAUUUCCAUGAAGCGGUUGAAGGAGGGGUGGAAAGGGACUCGUAGUCAGACGUACAAGCAGGAGAAGUGGGCUGCACGAUGGGGGAGGCACAUCAAUUGGAAAUGGGUGGUGGCGACACGUGAUUCGCUGGCUGUUCCCAGCCGUCCACGUGACGUGCUCAUCCGGCUCAAACUCGUUGCCCCUCUCCCCGAUGCUCCCUCCAGCGCACAUGGGCAGCAGCGCACAUGGGCACCAGCGCACAUGGGCAGCAGGCAUGCAGCCUUGAGCAUGCAGGGCCGUCACCACAGUCAUCCUCUGUACUCGCGCUCGGCCUUCCUCGUCUCGCUCUUCUACACAGUAGCAGUGCACUGGACACUGUCGUGCUCCAGGCAAGCAGCCUAUGGGGCUAUCGCCUCUGCCAUGGUGGCCCACAGUGCGUGGGAGGUCGUGACCGACUCGCAUCUGGACCCCUCUGCACCGCUCUUCAACCUCCUCCACUCCAUGCUGUCAGUCCUUCAGCUCCCUCUUCCCUCCUCUCCCUCUUAA